UAACCUCGUAUAUUUUGGCGUUCUUGCUGUUUAUGAUUUUCAUGAUUCCAUCAAAACAGGAGGAAAACCGAUUUUCCAGCGGUGAGAAAUUCAACGGAGCUGUUAUUUCAGAACGGCCCCGGUCUCGUAAAUCUGAGACCACCAACUUUUCCCCAGUUGCAGAUCCUUGCACGAUUCUGGACCAGGUCGAUUUGCAAUGUUUAUUAAACAGGUCAUUAUCCACGGAUUUAAAUCCUACAGGGAGCAGACAAUCGUCGAACCGUUUCACCGACGGCACAAUGUUGUCGUUGGUCGAAAUGGAUCAGGGAAGAGUAAUUUCUUCUAUGCAAUCCAGUUUGUGUUGAGCGAUGAGUUUUCACAUCUGAGGCCUGAACAGCGCCAAGCUUUGCUUCAUGAAGGAACGGGUCCAAGAGUGGUAACCGCCUACGUUGAAAUAAUUUUCGACAACACUGACAACAGAUUGCCUAUUGAAAAAGAAGAGAUCGUCUUGAGAAGAGUGAUUGGCGCGAAAAAAGAUCAAUACUUUUUAAACAAAAAAAUGGUUCCACGUUCUGAUGUUAUGAACCUACUGGAGUCUGCUGGGUUUUCAAGGUCUAAUCCUUAUUAUAUUGUCAAGCAGGGGAAGAUUAAUCAAAUUGCAACAGCUCCUGACUCUCAUCGUCUUAAACUCCUAAGAGAAGUGGCGGGGACACGCGUCUACGAUGAACGUAAAGAAGAGUCGACAGCAAUUCUUAAAGAGACUGAAGGGAAGUUGGACAAAAUAGACGAGUUUUUAAGGACAAUUGAAGAGCGGCUGAAGACGCUCGAGGAGGAGAAGGAAGAGUUGAAAGAAUACCAGAAGUGGGACAAGAUGAGGCGGUCUCUUGAGUACUGCAUUCACGACAGAGAAUUAAAAGAAACAAAAAAGAAGCUUGAUGAACUAGAAACGAGGAUGAACAAUUAUGAUGAGGUGCAAAAAAAGUUAGCUGGUGAAUUGAAAACCGCCCAAGACAAUGCGAAAGCUGCGACAAAAAAGUUAAAAGAGACAAAGAAAGAAGUGCAGGUGGCCAAAGAAGAAAGAGAAACUUUGAGCGUAGAGCAGCAACAACUAUUAAAGGAUAAAACAAAGUUAGAACUCACAAUUAAAGACUUGACCGAUGAAGUGCAAGGAGAUGACAAGAGUAAGCAUCGUGCAGAGCAAGAAUUGGUAAAAUUGAAUGAAACGAUUGCUCAAAGAGAGGCUGAACUUGAAGAACUCAAGCCUCGCUAUGAGGCUCAAAAGAAAAGGGAAGAGGAAUGUACUAGGGAGCUAGCGUUAAAAGAGCAAAAACGGAAAGAACUUUAUGCCAAGCAAGGAAGAGGGAAUCAGUUUACUAACAGAGGCGACAGAGAUCAAUGGAUCGAGAAGGAAUUAAAGUCUUUGAAUAAACAAAUCAAAGACAAAACUGAGCACAAAGAACGACUAGCUGAAGAUUUGAAAAAAGACGCUGAAAAACAAAUACAACUAGAGAAAAAGAUUACAGAACAAACAGCUGAACUUGAACAGCAAAGAACAGCAAUUGAUGAAUACAACAAGCAGCACUAUGAGCAAAAGAAGAGCAAAGACCAGUAUCAAAGUUCAAGAAAUGAAUUAUGGAGGAAAGAAAACCAGCUCCAGCAUACAAUGACAUCGCUCAAAGAGGAGCUUGCCAAGGCUGAUCAAUCAUUGCGAAGCAUGGCUGGAAAACCGAUUUUAAAUGGUCGAGACAGCGUAAGGAAGGUGUUAGAGACGUUCAGGCAAAGGGGCGGAACUUACAAAGACCUAGCUGAUAGCUAUUUUGGUCAGGUCAUUGAAAACUUCGAUUGUGACACAAGCAUCCACACUGCAGUUGAAGUCACAGCUGGAAAUAGGCUGUUUUAUCAUAUUGUAGAGUCAGACAGUGUCGGUACUCAAAUUUUAAAAGAAAUCAACAGGCAGAAUCUUCCCGGGGAGGUUACAUUUAUGCCGAGAAAUCGUUUGCAUGUUAAAGACCAAAGAUAUCCUUCAUCGGAGAAUGCGAUUGCUAUGGUAAGCAAAUUGACAUACGACCCUAAAUUUGACAAGGCGAUGAGAUACAUAUUUGGCAAGACGCUUAUUUGUCGUAACCUAGAGGUGGCCACAGAUAUGUCAAAGCAGUACAACCUUGACUGCAUAACCAUCGACGGGGAUCAGGUAUCAUCGAAAGGUACACUCACAGGUGGCUACUUCAAAAAUAUCAGGUCGAAACUAGAAAUACAAAAAAAUCGGACAGAGCUGAUGGCACAGAUCCGUGAUGCAGAAACGGAGCUUGUCCAGCUCCGAGAACAGCUGAGUGCUACUGAGACAAACAUAACCCAAAUUGUCUCAGACAUGCAAAGAACAGAAACCAAAAACAGCAAGGCUAAAGGGUAUUUUGACAAGUUGAAAGGCGAUAUUAGACUGAUGAAAGAAGAACUAUCAAGUAUCGAAAGGUACAAGACACCAAAGGAAAGAUCUUUGGCACAGUGUAUCUCCAAUCUUGAAGCGAUGCAGAGCACUAAGCAGGGGUUGGAAUCUGAGUUGCACCAGGAUUUGCUCGAACAGCUCUCUGCGGCCGAUCAGCGUGAUAUGGACAGGCUGAACGACGACAUCAGGAGGUUGACCCAAGAGAACAAGGCAGCGUUCAGCACAAGGAUGAAACUUGAAGCCGAUAAGAACAAACUUGAGAACCUGCUGACUAACAAUCUCAUCAGGCGAAAGGAUGAACUUAUCCAGGCUUUGCAAGAAAUAUCAGUUGAGGAGAGAAAACGGACAUUGGACAACAGCCGCCUUGAACUGAACGGUAUUGAAAAACGAUUGGAAAAGCUUAACAAAGACUUUAAACAGUGUGAAAAGAAAGUUCAAGAAACUGUAAAAAGGCAAAAAGCUGAACAUGAAGAAGUUGAAAAGUGGAGGCUGAAGGAGAAAGAAGCACAGGAAAAGAGAGACUCAGACACCAAAGACUUAAGCAAAGUCACUUCCAAGCAGCAGAUGCUUCAAACCAAAAUCCAAGAAUGCACGACAAAGAUUCAAGAAUUGGGCUCCAUGCCAUCUCCCGACAUGGUCAACAAAUACAUGUCGUACACGACCAAAAACCUGUUCAAAGAGCUUGAAAAGGCGAAUAGCCAUUUGAAGAAGUACAGUCAUGUAAAUAAGAAAGCUUUGGACCAAUUUAUGAGCUUUUCUGAUCAGAAGGAGAAACUCAUGAAAAGAAAAGAAGAGCUUGACAGAGGUGAUGAAAAAAUUAAAGAGCUUAUGGUGGUUUUGGAACAGAGGAAAUGCGAAGCGAUUCAAUUCAUGUUUAAACAGGUUUCAAUGUUUUUUUCACAAGUUUUCAAAGAACUUGUACCAGGAGGGCAUGCGCAGUUAGUUAUGAAGACAACAGAUGGUGAUGAACAUCUUGAACAUAAUCCUGAACUCGAUUCGGACCAAUUUUCUGGCGUUAUGAUUAGGGUUUCAUUCAACGGCCACGGCGAAAUGAGGGAAAUGAACCAGCUUUCGGGAGGUCAGAAGUCGCUGGUAGCACUGGCGCUUAUUUUUGCAAUACAGAAAUGCGAUCCUGCACCUUUCUAUCUCUUUGAUGAAAUUGACCAGGCCUUGGAUGCCCAACAUAGAAAAGCCGUUGCUGACAUGAUCCACAAAAUGUCCGAGGACGCACAAUUCAUUACGACCACUUUCAGGCCUGAGCUUCUUCAGCACGCGAACAAGUUCUACGGUGUCAAGUUCAGAAAUAAGGUGAGUCACGUUGAAUGCGUAACGAGAGAAGAGGCUUAUGAUUUCGUCGAAGACGAUACAACGCAUGGUUAAUUGUGUAGUUUGUAACAUUACAAAAAAAAAGUUUAACUUAUUAAUUUAAAUAUACUUAUGUCAAAUUGAAAAAAUGUAAGUUAAAAAUAUAUAUGUAUUUUUAGUAUUACUUUGAAUACAUAUUUUUUUAAUUAUUGAUGUACAAAUAAAUUUAACUAUAAGAGUUACGUUAUAUUUUUCUACUUGGUUAUUCUUAAUGUAAUAUUGUCAAUUUUUAUUCAAGGAAGGUUAUUAACAAACCUAUAUCAUUUGACAACAAAAUGGUCAAUUUUUCUUUUAAAUUGAUUUUUUUAAACAUUAUAAAUAAUCUUCCUUUUAAAAUACUGCUAUGUAGUUCCUCUUCAAAAAGGGUCAGCCAAAUAUCCAAAUGUAUCUUGUAGUUGUAGUUCAGCUUUCUAGAUACAAUUAUUGUAAAUUUAAUUAUGAAAAAUGUUUUAGUUAUGGAUUUUUUUAAAUUAUUGGUUUUGAUAGACCUUCAAUUACGCUUUAAACAGAAUGACAACAGAUAUGGUUAAAAAACAAAAAAUAUAGAGAACACAAUGGUCCAAAAUGUUAGUU